AUGGGCUGGCACCCAGACGAACCAGGGGCUCGCACGACCACCGCACCUGAAGUGCCUACAGAUGACUGGCCUGCCGAGCAGAAUCAAGAGCUUGGAGACAAGAGCAAGCGCUUGCGCGAGACGUCUGAGGCAAUGCAGGUCAAGAUGGAAGAAUACAUGAAGAAGACGGAGAAGCAGAUGACGACACUCGUGGAAUCGAUGCGCAGGAAUCUGAGCUCGCAGUCCCAGAUCAACGCUACGUACGCGGAUAUGCUCUGA